AUGACUAAGAAGAAAGACAGAAAGAAGGCUAUUCAGAGAUUCCUUAACGAGUUGUCAGAUGAAGAGGAGAACUUAGAACCACCAAAACCACAAGUUGGGAAGAGGACUACUAGGAAUCUGAAUCCGCUUUACAAAGUUGUUAUUGAGGACUCCGAAGAUGAGAAUGACCCUAUUUUUUAUAUUAAUACUUAUGAGGAAGAGAAAGACAAGAAGUCUAAUGUGGUCCGAGAGUUUGAUAAGCUGUUUGUGGCACUAAAUUGUCCUGAUGGUAUGAAAGUUGACCAGGCUGCUAUGUACCUUAAGGAUGAGGCUGAUAUCUGGGAUGUGGGGGAGAGUGCUAAGGUCGGAGAAAAGAGGAAGGACUUUGGGAAUUCUGAAAACCAGGGUCACUUCAAAAGGUUCAAGAUUGGGGGCUCAUCUGAGAGGAAUAACCGAAAUGUUAGCAGAUUUUCUAACGCUAACAAUGGCGAGAGGAAGUUCAACUGCAAGAGGUGUAGGAGAAACCACCCUGGAAGAGACUGUGAAGGAAAUUUGGGAGGAAGAGGCAAUGGUCAGACUAGGAAGUUCGGGAAUGGUAACAGUAAUGGUAGCAACAGACCUAGAAAUGGCAACAACAACUCAGGAAAUGGCAACAAUGGUCACCAAGGAAAGAGCAACACUCCCGAGCAUUUGUCUGUGAUGAGCAAAGGACAGGCUGAAAGGUCCUCAAAUGUAGUCACUGGUACUUUUUCCAUUCACUUUGUUUCUGUCAAAGUCUUGUUUGAUUCUGGAGCAACUUACUAUUUCAUCUCUACUUCUGUUGUGCGCAAAUUAAACUUAUCUGAGUCAAGUCAUGUCGAUAUGUCGGUCGGUCUACCUACUGGCAAACUUGUUCAUUGCAAUAGGUUAUUCAAAGGCUUGCCUUUGAAAAUAGGAGAGGCUGUUUUUCCAUCAAAUCUUAUUGAGUUUAACUUGGGGGACUUGGAUGUCAUUCUGGGGAUGGACUGGCUAAGUUUAUACAAGGCUAAGAUAGACUGUGAGUUACAGAGAGUGCACUUAAGUGAUCCUUUGGGUAAGACGGUGUCCUAUAGACGUUUUGGGGAGCCGAAAGGUAUUAGGAUCAUUUCUUCUCUAAAGGUUAAGAAGUUGGUAAGUAAGGGGUAUCCAUUGUACUGUUGUUGUGUCCAAGAUUUGAGUAAGGGUGACAAUAGGAAGAUUGAGGAUGUACCCAUUGUGAACGAGUUUUUAGAUGUCUUUCCGGAUGAGACUUCAGGGAUGCCACCUAAAAGGGAAGUUGAGUUUACCAUUGACUUAAUUCCAGGAGCUACACCCAUUUCUAAAGCGCCCUAUAGAAUGGCACCAGCUGAGAUGAGUGAGCUGAAAGUUCAAUUAGAGUUAAAUAAUGUGACUGUGAAGAAUAAGUACCCUUUACCGAGGAUAGAUGACUUGUUUGAUCAGCUGAAGGGGGCAAGUGUGUUUUCAAAGAUCAAUUUGAGGUCUAGGUACCACCAGUUGAAGGUUGCAAAUAAGGACAUUCCAAAGACAGCCUUCAGAACUCGUUAUGGGCACUACGAGUUUACAAUCAUGCCUUUUGGGUUAACCAAUGCACCUGCCAUAUUCAUGGACUUGAUGAACCGAGUGUUUCACGAAUACUUAGAUACGUUUGUGGUUAUGUUCAUUGACGACAUAUUGGUGUAUUCGAGGAAUGAGGAGGAACAUGCUCAACAUUUGGAACCAUUCUGGAAACUCGUAGAAGUAACAAGCGGGCACUACAUUUGUAAGGAGGGUAUAUCAGUAGAUCCUGCAAAGAUCAAGGCAGUAAGUAAGUGGCCUACUCCUAAGAAUGUGACUGAUGUUCGUAGUUUCUUGGGAUUAGCUGGGUAUUAUAGAAGGUUUGUUAAAGACUUUUCGAGAAUAGCCAGACCCAUAAUCGCUCUUAUGAAGAAGCAAAUUAAUUUUGAGUGGAACGACAUUUGUGACGCAGCUUUUCAAACCCUGAAAGAGCGACUAACCACUGGACCAGUACUAGUGUUGCCCGAUGGGAGAGAUGGAUUCGAGGUAUACAACGAUGCUUUAAAGCAUGGUCUAGGAUGUGUUCUGCAGCAAAAUGGGAGAGUGAUCGCUUAUGCAUCGAGACAGUUGAAGACGCAUGAAGUUAACCGAUCGAUACGUGAAGUAGAGGAAAGUUCGGGAUAG